AGAAUGAUAUUGAAGUUAAUUAAUUAUUUAAAAGAUCCUCAACUAGUUGCAACAAUUCAAAAAUUUUUUGGUAUUGAAAUAUAUUAUAAUAAACAUUUUAAGAAGUUUAAAUCUAAUGAAAUAACUCAAAAAACUGAAAAAAGAGGACGUAUUUAUAUUGAUCAUAAUGAAGAAAAUUAUAUUUUGACUUGUCAUAAUAUAAAAAUAAAUAACUGUAUAAGCAGUUCGAAGAAAUUCAAUAGAUCCAUAGAGCAAACGGAAUUUUUAAAACAGCAAAAAAAUGAAUCAAUGAGCAAAGAAGAAACUUCAACAAUUUCAGAAAAUCCACAUUAUACAAUUACCAAUUCAUUUUGGUAUUAUCUAUUUUUAUUUGGAACUGAACUAGGAGACGAAAUCUUUUAUUCGUCAUUUAUACCUUUCUUAUUUUGGAAUAUUGAUGGAGCAGUUGGUCGAAGAGUAGUCUUAGUAUGGGCCAUUGUUAUGACUAUUGGACAGGUAUUAAAAGAUAUAAUUUGUUGGCCCAGGCCAGCAUGUCCUCCAGCAGUUAGAUUACAAAACAAAUGGUCACAAGAAUAUGGAAUGCCAUCUACUCAUGCUAUGGUCGGUUUUGCGAUUCCAUUUUCCAUAGUAUCAUUUACAAUGAAUAAAUAUAUUUAUCCAUUUUUUGUUGGCUAUUUUAUUGCUUUAGUUUGGUGUAUACUUGUCAGUAUGAGCAGACUCUAUCUAGGUAUGCACACUGUGUUAGAUAUUGUAAUUGGCUUAAUAUUAACAAUUGUAUUAAUGAUUCCAUUGGUACCUUUAGUAGACAUAACAAAUUCUUAUAUCAUUACGAAUUUUUGGUUAUCAGCAAUUUUAAUUGUGAUCAGUAUCAUUGUUAUUGUAUAUUAUCCACUCAAUGAUAAAUGGACACCUACUAGAAGUGACACUGCUAUGGUUAUGUCAGUCACAGCAGGAAUUCACAUGGGAGCAUGGCUUAGUCAUUAUAAUGGUGUAUUAAGUGCUUCGUCGAUUUCACCACCCUAUCAUAUUGUUUGGCCAACAUAUUCUAUGCUUGGUCAUCUAAUUCUUAGAACUGUACUUGGUUUUUCUACUAUUAUUACAACAAAAGUUCUCUGCAAAUGUCUUAGUUACACUAUAGUAUGUGCCAUAUUACGAAUUAAUUGCAAGGAACUUAUGAAAUGCCAAGAUUAUAAUGGAAAUCAAAAUAAAGUGUUCGUCGAUCUAAUUUACAAAUACGUAGCAUGUUUCAUGAUAGGAAUAACUACAGUAUAUUUGUUGCCACAAGUUUUUAGUACGAUAGGUAUUGAACGACCGGGAUUUUAUACAGAAAUGUAAAAAAUUUAUUAUGUAAUUUAUUCAAUUUAUA